AUGUCGCUGCCUGAGCAAUUCCCCAAACCAGGCCAGAAGCCCGAUUCCCAAAACAAGGCCCCUUCUCCGGGCUCGGCCCCGCCACCUCCUGGAAUCCUGGCCAUUCACGUCACCAAAGCAAGAGAACAGGUCAAUCUCCACACUCUGGGACGCAGACCGCCUGCCAGUGCUAGUGCUGUGGCCAGGGGGCCAGAAAGACAGGCGCCAGUGGUUUCCCAGAACACAAUGGACAUCCAUGCUAGGGUGCCACGAAGAAGUGCUCCUCCUCCACCUCCUGCUCAUACUCAUACUCAUACACAUGUAACCAAGAUGGAUAUAUCGGUUCCGGCGAAAAGCCAUAAGGGAGAUUGUGAAAACCCACAGUGUGGACAUUGUGGGACUGUGAUUAUUCCGCUGCCGAAGGCGUCGUUCCCGUUUGAGCAGAACCCUUCCAUUACAGUGAACGACUGGAGCAUAUACACCAUGAAGGGACCAAUUCUCCUGCUGGACGAGUUGGACCACUUGAACGAAACGAGGUUUGAUUUUCCGUUGCCAGAGAUGAUUUUCGGUAACAACUACGUCAGGAUCGUCAACGAUAAGUCGGGUGCUUCCAUUGACUUUAAUACUUUAGACGCUUUAGACUCAUUAAACGAAGUGGCUGACUUUAAGGUUAGUUACUAUAAGGAAUGGCUCAGCACGCGACCUAAGGCUAAGGCAGAUGCACAGAGUGACGCUGAUUCUUCGGCAUCGGCGCCUGAGCUUGAAUCUGUGAAACCAUACGAUUGGACGUAUUCUACAAACUACGAGGGAACGUUACACGAUGCCGAGUUUGUGCCUACCGAGAAGGAAAUUCCCGUGCAGAAGCUUCUUCGGCCUGAUCCGAUUUUGUUCUUUGACGAGUCGAUCUUGUUUGAGGAUGAAUUGGGCGAUAACGGUAUUUCUAUGCUUUCUACAAAAAUCAGAGUCAUGCACCUGUGCUUGCUUCUCUUGUGUCGUUUCUUUUUACGUGUGGACGAUGUGGCUUUCAGAAUCAGAGAUACUCGUAUUUUUAUUGAUCUCGAGUCGAACGAAGUGUUGAGGGAGUAUAAGAUCCAGGAAUCUCUGUACGAAGAAUUGUGUCUGAAGUUGCCUAGGACCGCUGAUCCGAAGAGACACUUGAGAGACGCUGGAUGGGUGUCUCAGAAUAUGCCAGUGACUAGUCGAAAGAUCCAGGAGUUGCUGAGCAACCUGCUAAAAGAAAAGAGUGGAGAGAAGGAAGAGAAGGCGGAGGCAACCGAGGCAGCUUCAAGCUAA